UAUAUUGGUUUACCGUCUAAACCUGAGACCAAACCAGAUAUGUCCCGAAUGUAAACCAGAUGUUGAACCAGUUUGAUGCACAAACCUAGAUUAAACCAAACCCGACCCGUUUGAUCAUAAACCCAGAAUCCCCAAAUAAAACCUAAAAUCGAUUUUCGUUGUUCAUAAUCGAUUCCUUUUAUUGAGUUUGGUUCUUCUUCUUGAGAUUACUUCUUCUUUCAUUUACGAGUUUGAGUAUCACAAUGAGUAAUGUAUCAUCCAAUUCCACUGAAUCUAGUUUGCAGGGAAGAGGAAGGGCUAUCGGUGUGCCAAAGAGAUGUUGGUGCGGAGAAGGAAUCAUAUCUUUGAUAUCGAAGUCUGAUUCCAACCCUUACAGGAGAUAUUAUCGGUGUCAAUUUGUCGUAGCUAAUAAGCUUAGGAAUGAUGAACACACUUUCAAAUGGGUUGAUGAGGCAUUUGUCAAUGAGAUAGACACAUUGAAUGCAAAGAAUGCUGACCUUGAGAAGCAGCUGAAAGAGAUCAGAACAGAGAGGUUUGAGUUUGAGAAGAUGGUCUAUGAGAAGAUGGAGAAGGAGAUAUUUGAGAAGGUUGAAGAUGGUUUGUCUGAAGCCAAAGCAAGCCAUAAGAAAAUCAUGAUUGUCUUAGUCUUCUUUUGUAUGAUCAUGAUUGGUCUCACUAAGCUACUAGGUUGAAGAACGGGAUGAGUGUUGUUCCUUUA